AUUCUACGAUGAAGUUAUGGAAGUGCGCCGCCAUCGCCUUGACUCUCUGUGGAGCAGCACUGUCCCUCUUCCUCACUCGAAUCAUGGUUCCCACGCCGCCGCAUCACAUCCCCUCCUGGUACACGUCUUCGUCGCGGACGUCCUUGUCCUCCAACUCCUCCCUGAUCGGCGGCCGUCAUCGCAAAGCGCGGUCGGUGGAAGGCGUUGGCAACAUUUUGACAGAAUUCAUGCACAUGUUCCAGAGCUUCACAGAGGGGGAGCUGAAGCAGAUGAUUGGGACUCUGGUGGAGAAGAAGGCACGGCAGGAGGCCAGGCAGGAGGCCAGGCAGAGCAAAAGGACUAAACGGGCUAAGAAAGCAUCAAAGCCAUGUUCCCUGCGGGAGGUGGAAGUGACUGUCAGUGAGCUGGGUCUGGGCUACCACAGUGAUGAAACGCUGCUCUUCAGGUACUGCAGUGGGAACUGUAAAGCUAGCCGACGCAACUACGACGUCAUACUGAAGAAAUGGACGAGGAAAGGCAUCUCGAAGAGGGAGAGGAGCCCGUGCUGCCGGCCCAAGGAGUACGAUGACAUUUCCUUCCUGGACAACAAUAACAGAUACAAGACGCUCCAUAACUUUUCUGCUCUGGCCUGUGGCUGUGUAUAACGCCUCUAUAGCCAUUUUGAUUUCCCAGAUACUGUGUCGAACAUGGGAAACGCAACAACUACUGCUACAAAAUCAAAAACAGGAGUACACAAGAAUUGAUCCCUACAGUACAAUGCCAGGGAAUAUGGACAUUUAAACUACUACUAUUUAAGACGGUUAAUUUUGUGUUUUUUUUUUAAAAAGACAUCAGCAAACGUCUGUUUUGCUUUCCUUGCCUUUCAUGGGAUACUUCUCUGUCGGUUGUGAGGGUAAUAUAUUAUAUGACCUAUG